UCACUUCACGUUCACUGCUUAACAUAGAAUAAAAAACCCAGUGUAUUAAAAUCCUCUGCCUUUCUUUAAUGAUGUAAGUUUUUCAACAGAACUGUUGAUAUGAUUGAAGACAAGCGUCUCUGCAAUGAAUCAGCAGAGCUGCAGGGACAAACUGUGACCUCUUAUGCAUUAAGUGUUGUUAUCGUUACUUUGUCACUUCUGAUAAUAUGUGGCAAUCUUCUUGUAAUCAUCUCUGUGAUUUACUUCAAACAGCUUCACACUCCAACAAACUACCUCGUCCUCUCUCUGGCUGUGAGUGACCUGCUUGUUGGAGCUUUAGUUUUGCCUUUCAGCACAAUAUUGUUGAUAAGCUCCUGCUGGUAUUCAAGUUACUUACUCUGUAAAAUGCGAAGUCUGUUUGAUAUGUUACUAUGUGCAUCAUCCAUUUUAAAUUUGUGCUUCAUCUCUGUUGACAGAUAUUAUGCAGUUUGUCAUCCACUAACAUAUAGAAAUAAAAUAAACAGUCGUGUUGCUCUGACCAUGAUCCUGGUGAGCUGGGCUCUCCCUAUUCUACUUGCGACUGCCACCACAGUUCGCGGGAUAGGUAAUGAGAAUCCUAGUUUGAGGUGCAGGAUAUUUCUAGCUACAAAGGAAUCCACAACUGGAUCUAUUUUUGCAUUUUACAUUCCAGCAAUUAUAAUUUUAACUAUCUAUCUAAAGAUUCUGGUGGUGGCAAAGAAACAGGCACGCCGCAUCCAGAACACUAUAAAGUCUGCUGCACCUGUCAGUCAGAUGGAGAAAAAGGCCAACGUAACACUGGCUAUAGUAAUGGGAGUCUUCCUUAUAUGUUGGACUCCUUUCUGUCUGUCUGAGUUUUACAGAAUGAUAAAAUUCACAAUAUCAGAUGUAAUGAUUGAAGCAUUUAAAUGGAUUGGAUGGUCCAAUUCAAUGUUAAAUCCCCUGGUUUAUGCUUUCUUCUACAGGUGGUUCAGACGAGCUUUUAAAAUGAUAAUGUUUGGGAAAAUAUUUCAAGCAGAUUUUUCUAAUACUAAUCUGUUGUGAUUUACGAAUCUAUAUGCUGACAGAGUAUAACCAUCAUUUCCCCUCUGUUAUGUCUAUUGUUUGACGUGUGAUGCAUAUAGAACCUGUAGCAUAAUACCCAUAACAUUACAAGAAAUUAUUACUGUGCUUCAUAUGUUUUUACUUUUACUUCACAAGGACUGUUGGUCUCGUUUUCGGCUGUUGCUUUAAGAGUUUUGAAAAUGUGCUGAAUAAAACAAGAGCUAGACAAUUUGUGUUUUUCUUCCUAGUUAUGACAAAAACAGAGAUCCCUGUAUGUGCAUUUUGACAGAAAAUCAUUUCAAAUUAUUACUCAUUAAUUGUUCAUUUUCCCUCACUUUGGCUGAACAGUAUC